UUAUUUCCCUGCCCCUCUUGUUACGUAAAGUCGAAAAUUCGUAACCCAUUCCAAAAAAUACUUUACUUUUAUUCGAUAUUUAAAACAGUGAAAAUGUUCUCUACUGUCUGUAGAGCUGGCCGUUUGGCCACGAAGACGGUAGUGGACAAGGCCGUCGCCGAGACCGCCCCGCUGUGCGCCGGAGCCCUGGUGAACAAACGUGACUAUGCUGCCAAAGCCGCCGCAACCAAGGCCGAAGGUAAGGUGGUGGCCGUGAUCGGAGCCGUGGUGGACGUGCAGUUCGAGGAGCAGCUGCCGUCCAUCCUCAACGCGCUGGAAGUGCAGAACCGGCAGCCGCGGCUGGUGCUGGAGGUGGCGCAGCACCUGGGAGAGAACACGGUGCGCACCAUCGCCAUGGACGGGACCGAGGGGCUGGUGCGCGGCCAGCCCGUGGUGGACUGCGGCUCGCCCAUCCGCAUCCCCGUGGGCGCGGAGACUCUGGGCCGCAUCAUGAACGUGAUCGGCGAGCCCAUCGACGAGCGCGGCCCCAUCCCCACCGACAAGAGGGCCGCCAUCCACGCGGAGGCGCCCGAGUUCGUGGACAUGUCCGUGGAGCAGGAGAUCCUCGUGACCGGCAUCAAGGUGGUGGACCUGCUGGCGCCCUACGUCAAGGGAGGCAAGAUCGGCCUGUUCGGCGGCGCCGGCGUGGGCAAGACCGUGCUCAUCAUGGAGCUCAUCAACAACGUGGCCAAGGCGCACGGAGGGUACUCGGUGUUCGCGGGAGUGGGCGAGCGCACGCGCGAGGGCAACGACCUGUACCACGAGAUGAUCGAGUCCGGAGUCAUCUCGCUCACGGACAAGACGUCCAAGGUGGCGCUGGUGUACGGCCAGAUGAACGAGCCGCCCGGCGCGCGCGCCCGAGUGGCGCUCACCGGCCUCACGGUGGCCGAGUACUUCCGCGACCAGGAGGGGCAGAACGUGCUGCUCUUCAUCGACAACAUCUUCCGCUUCACGCAGGCCGGGUCCGAGGUGUCUGCGCUGCUGGGGCGCAUCCCCUCGGCCGUGGGGUACCAGCCCACGCUGGCCACCGACAUGGGUACCAUGCAGGAGAGGAUCACCACCACCAAGAAGGGCUCCAUCACCUCCGUGCAGGCCAUCUACGUGCCUGCCGACGACUUGACUGACCCCGCCCCGGCCACCACCUUCGCUCACUUGGACGCCACCACUGUGCUGUCCCGAGCCAUCGCCGAGCUCGGCAUCUACCCGGCCGUGGACCCGCUGGACUCCACCUCGCGUAUCAUGGACCCCAACAUCAUCGGGCCCGAGCACUACAACAUCGCUCGUGACGUGCAGAAGAUCCUCCAGGACUACAAGUCUCUGCAGGACAUCAUCGCCAUCCUGGGUAUGGACGAGUUGUCUGAGGACGACAAGCUGACCGUCGCGCGCGCGCGCAAGAUCCAGCGUUUCCUGUCACAGCCUUUCCAGGUGGCGGAGGUGUUCACCGGGCACGCGGGCAAGCUGGUGCCGCUCGAGGAGACCAUCAAGGGCUUCACCAAGAUCCUGCAGGGCGAGUACGACCACCUGCCCGAGGUGGCCUUCUACAUGGUGGGGCCCAUCGAGGAGGUCGUCGCCAAGGCCGACACCCUCGCCAAGUCGUAAACGAAUCAACACCAUCGGUAGCCGCUAGAACCAUUCUCAAGUCAAUAACAGCACUCUUUUCAUUGGCUCCCGAUCUAUCCAAUCCGGUAGCCGCAUCUAGAGUCAAAAUGUCAAGUCAUCCAUUCGCACUCUUUUGAUUGGCUCGUGAUAGCGAAUGCCGAUAGUUAACGUGUAAUUUAGAGUAGUUUGAAGUGAUAAACGCAAUGUUAACGUUUGUUUUGUUGAGCAAAAUGAACUGUAUUUGUGGAGGGUGCGAUACUAUGUAAAUUAAAUUAAAGCUGUUUAUAAAAAUCA